CAAAACAUCCCAAUUCACUUAUCAACUGCCAUCGUCACUUUUGUCAUAGUCAUAGCUUUUUGCAACAAUAAAUUACCUUGGUAACCCACCGCUCGCCUUUUAUUGUAUUGCUCACUGUACCACGUCGCGCUACAACGUCGCCCGAAUAGCUACAACACAUUUUUCUAUAUCUGCACUUCGCUAGUCAACCGAAUCCUCUGCAGAAGGCCUUGGCCCCUUGCGAAAGAUCGGAAGCAAGAUGACUUCCUUCGUAACGACCGUCAACCAGCGCGCGCGCAACCAAUUCCGCUCACGCCCCGGCAAAGGCGGCAACACAAGCUACCAGCUGCGCCAAUACGCCGAAGCAACACUCGGCGGGGGCUCCCUCCGCAAAGUAGUGAAGCUGCCCGAAGGCGAAGACGAGAACGAGUGGCUAGCAGUGAACAUGGUGGACUUCUACAACCAAAUCAACCUUCUCUACGGGGCCAUAACGGAGUUCUGCUCGCCGCAGUCGUGCCCAGAGAUGAAAGCGACCGACGAAUUCGAGUACCUGUGGCAAGACGGAGACGUGUACAAGCGGCCGACGAAGAUGGCCGCGCCAGCGUACAUCGAGCAGCUGAUGUCGUGGGUGCAAGCGUCGAUCGACAACGAGACCGUGUUACCCUCGCGCAUCGGCGUGCCCUUCCCGAAAUCCUUCCCCGCCCUCGUCCGCCAGAUCUUCAAGCGCAUGUACCGCGUCUACGCCCACAUCUACUGCCACCACUACCCCGUCAUCCGCGAGCUGGGCCUCGAGCCCCACCUCAACACCUCCUUCAAGCAGUACGUCCUCUUCAUCGACGAGCACAGCCUCGCCACCGGCAAGGACUUCUGGGGUCCCCUCGGCGACCUCGUCGAGAGCAUGUUGCGGAGCGACUAAGCCUUUCGGCUUGACUUACCUAACCUAACCUUCUCGGUCCCGGUACUGACAUUGAUUGACACGGAUGGGCAUUGAGAGGUGGAAUCGCUUCUUCUGGGGACUUCUCUUUUCUUUUGAUUUCGGACUAGGCUUGUACGAUGACUGUGAAUGGGGUACCAUGCGUUGACGAAUGAUACCUACAUACGCUCAGUCAAAGUAGGGGGGACAUUGCAUCUUUCGAGGUAUGGCGUUUAGGCAGUCAGGUUUUCACCAGAGAAAUACACAUCUGUUUUACGAAGGGGAUAGACUUUUAAGGGUAAUACGAGAUAAUGAAGCAGGUUAACAAUGCCGCCUCAUACUAUUAGCUAAGCUGUAAGACGUU